CUGAAGCCCUGCAAAACCAAGCCAAAACAAAAACCAUGGAAAUGGAAGCAAAAGUUGUGAAGAACUCAAGAUUCAAGAGGGUCUGUGUGUUUUGUGGCAGCAGUACCGGGAAGAGAAACUGCUACCGUGAUGCCGCCAUUGACCUAGCUCAAGAGCUGGUUGCUAAAAGAUUGGACCUUGUUUAUGGAGGAGGUAGUAUUGGGUUAAUGGGAUUGGUCUCUCAAGCUGUUCAUAAUGCUGGUGGAAAUGUUCUUGGGAUUAUUCCAAGAACUCUGAUGAACAAAGAGAUAACUGGUGUGACGGUUGGAGAAGUAAGGGCGGUAGCUGACAUGCAUCAAAGGAAGGCAGAAAUGGCCCGCCACUCUGAUUGUUUUAUAGCUCUUCCAGGUGGAUAUGGGACUUUGGAGGAGUUAUUGGAAGUCAUCACUUGGGCUCAGCUGGGAAUACAUGACAAACCUGUGGGUUUGCUUAAUGUUGAUGGCUACUAUAACUACCUUCUCACUUUCAUCGACAAAGCCGUUGAUGAUGGCUUUAUCAAGCCUUCUCAGCGCAACAUCAUUGUCUCUGCACCAAACGCUAAAGAACUUGUUGAAAAACUUGAGGAGUACGUGCCUGUGCAUGAUGGAGCUAUAGCCAAGGCAAUGUGGGAGGUUGAGACACAGCAGCAAGUGGUGUUCAAUGCUACAACAACUUUGCAGACUGAGGUCGCUCUAUAAAGACAGACAGAACAGAAGAUGAAGAUAAAAAGAACAAAAAAAAUAUAUAUUAAAAGUUAUGGGGAAAGAAGAAGCUUCAAGUCCUUUGCUUUAUUAUUAAAUCUCAUUUUGGGUCAUAUACCAACCAUGAAUCAUACCAUAAUGGUAUAUGAAAGGUUUGAAUGACUUGAGAGAGAAAGAGAGGAGAAGACAUUGACAAAAUUAAGUGGGUCUUUUUUGUAUGUUGAAAAGAACUUA